UGUGCAGCCAAUCUCUGGCUCGUGACGCCACCGAGGCUGGGCUCAGAGGUCUUCCAUCACAAUACUUAACACACCCACCGCGGACCAACACUUGGACGGAAGACAAAGCGACGCGAGGAGGACGAAUGAUACCCGGGACAACCUGCACCUGCUGGCCGCGGACCCGCGCGCAUCACCUGUUAUUUCCUCGGAAUAUUUACUUCGAUUGAGGAACAACGCGACGACUGUCUAGGAGGAGAUUUAACGUUCGUCCGACUGAGGAACAGACUCUGAAACAUAACUUCGAGCAGAAGAUUGGAGGAAAGAAUAGCGCGGCUCAUCCAGUCACCAACAUGAAUGAAUGACUGGCAGACCUUCUCUUUGCAAAGUGGACUCACGAUGUCCUUUGAUCUAACUGGAAUAAAAUAACUCUCGUCGGAGUCGGACAGAGAAAAGCAUGGAGUGUUUGACGUAGAUUGCGUGCGCAAUUUCACCACCGCUGCUUAUCGCACCUCAAUGCUUAUUACACCCAACUAUGAUAAAGAUGAUCAUGUUCCGUAGAUUCAGAGUGUUGCUACUCAUGGUGUUUCUUGUGGCGUGCACAAUGCACAUCAUGAUAGACUUGUUACCGAAGCUGGAGAAGCGCGGAGCGGAGAGCGACGACGCCGGCUGUCAGUGCGCUCACCACCCGGCCGGAGAGGCGCAGGGCUGGGGCAAGCAGCGCGUCAGGACCGCGGCCGAGGCGGGCUGGCCUAACAAGCACACGCUGCGAAUCCUGCAGGAUUUCAGCAGCGAGCCGGGCUCCAACCACACGUCGCACUCUUUAGAGAAGACCACGGCGACAGCCGGGGGGAGAGCAGAGGCUGCCCGGCGCCUGGGACUCGCGGUGGGGAAGACGGAGGAGCACAAGCCGCUGAUCAGGGACGCAGCUCGGACAGUUCCAGCCCGUGAUGUCUCCCGACUGACCGCGCUGUUCGAGCAUCCUCUCUACAAGAUCGACCUUCCUGCUCUCACCGACGCUGACACUUUGUUCAACGUCAAUACAGACAUCAGGUUUUACCCCAAAGCAACAGGGGGGCAGGGAUGGCAAACUGAUGACGGAAACGAGGAGGAUGAAGAGUUCACGCCCAUGUCGGAAGUGUCCGUGGAGUCUUACCCAAACUGGCUACGUUUCCACAUCGGGAUCAACCGCUACGAGCUCUACUCAAGACACAACCCAGUGCUGGAUGCUCUGUUGAAAGACCUGGUCAACCAGAAGAUAACCAGCGUGGCAAUGAAGUCCGGAGGAACCCAGCUGAAGUUGAUCAUGACCUUCCAGAACUACGGACAAGCGCUGUUCAAACCAAUGAAACAAACCCGGGAGCAAGAAACACCUCCAGACUUCUUCUAUUUCUCCGACUUUGAGAGACACAACGCAGAGAUCGCUGCUUUCCAUUUGGACAGAGUCUUGGACUUCCGGAGAGUUCCACCAGUAGCAGGGCGGCUGGUCAACAUGACUCGAGAGAUUCGGGAUGUGACACGGGACAAGAAGCUGUGGAGAACUUUCUUCAUCUCACCAGCCAAUAACGUCUGCUUCUACGGCGAGUGCUCCUACUACUGCUCCACCGAGCACGCGCUGUGUGGCAAACCCGACCAGAUCGAAGGCUCGCUGGCGGCCUUCCUGCCAGAUCUGAACUUGGCCAAGCGCAAGACUUGGAGGAACCCGUGGAGACGAUCGUACCACAAGCGCAAAAAAGCAGAGUGGGAGGUGGACCCAGAUUACUGUGACGAAGUGAAGCAGACACCACCCUACGACCGCGGAACACGACUGCUGGACGUCAUGGACAUGACUAUCUUCGACUUCCUCAUGGGAAAUAUGGACCGGCAUCAUUACGAAACCUUUGAGAAGUUUGGAAACGAUACUUUCAUCAUUCACCUUGAUAAUGGAAGAGGGUUUGGGAAACACUCUCAUGACGAGAUGUCCAUCCUGGUGCCUCUCAACCAGUGCUGCAGGAUAAGGAAGUCGACUUACCUACGACUUCAGCUUCUGGCCAAAGAGGAGUAUCAGUUGAGCUUGCUGAUGGAGGAGUCUCUGCUCAGGGACCGGCUGACCCCCAUCCUCAUCCGGCCCCACUUGCAGGCCAUGGACCGGAGGCUCCAGUUGGUCCUGGAGGUCCUGGCCGCCUGUGUGGAGAAAGAGGGCUACAACAGUGUUGUGGAGGAAGAUCUAGUCAGUGACACGAGCACGCAGAGGGGACCGGGACACAGGUAGUGAGGCUGGACUUGGAACACUGGGACAAGUGGACGUCCCUCCGCCCUGCACUCCUCAAAGUAUAAGAUGAAUUCAGUGAAUUCAAAGACUUUUCAUCGACGAGAGUGUCUAUGUGAAGCUUUCGAUGGAGACUUUCGUUUUGGUGUGUCCACAGACCAGUGAGUCACCGCUCUUGUUUUUGGAUGAAAUCACUCUCACCUUUGUCAGUAGUGCAAAACCAAAACGCGCACACAAAAGAGGGUCAGAAACUGAGCUUUAUCAAUAGUUUGGGGUUAAUGGUGGAGUAAAUGUAUGUGACAGGUCUCAGCUGCCGCCGUCAUGUUUAUUAGUUUUCAUCUCACAGGUCCAACAUAUCAACAUCCACAACAAGUAAGUCACAAGAUCCAACAAUUUCAACACUGGAACUACAAUAUUUGCAGUGUGGUCGUCCCACAAUGGCUACAUUAGGAUUGCACCCAAAAUAUUCCGCUCUACAGACAUUGCUGCUAUUCAUCAUUUUUGUGUUUAAAGUUGAAGACAUUUUGCUUGACCACAUAUAUGUGUUGACACACAUUACUACAGUGUUAUAACACAAAGUUCUCAACAACACAAAUGAUAGUUUCACGUUGCCUUAUUCCACAUCAGGUCAAUGGGUUGAUUUUAUAUUCCAUUUGCAGUUUCAUAGCACAACUUCUAUUCACCACAUGCUUUAAAAACAUGCAACUUUUUGUAUUUCAGACCUAAAAAUAUUCUGUUAAAUUAUUGCAGUUGUGUGUUUGUUUUUUAUUAAUUGAAUCGCAAAGAGCUCAGAUCCACUGUUGUUGACCAAACUUUAUUAAUGAAAGAAAUUAUGUCAGCGCUUCAGGAAAGCAGCAUUUUAGCAACAGCUCAUGCUAUAAUUUGCACUGCUUUUUAAUUUGUUGCGUCCAAAUUAGUUUUUUUUUUUUUUGUUUUAAUCGGGAGUUUGAUUGCUUUUGCAUAGGUGUCACCUUUAUUUAAAGAUGUUCAUCAACACACCUGAAUGUGUUUGAGUGGGCGGCGUGAACAUGACAUGGCUAGCGUCCAUAUCUGGGGGAGAGGUGCUUUUGGUCAUUUAGAGGGUCUGCGAUUCUAUUUCUGUUGUUUCUUUCGUGUAAAUAUGUGAUGAGCUGCGCCGCACAGUGGUUCGCUUCUGUUCUCUGCUCUUGCAUCGUUACUGUGAAGAUCUGUUUACUAAAUGAAUCAAGUGUGCAAUAAAAAAUAAAUAAAAAACCCAAAAAAUACGAUCCCGCCGUGUGUGGCGAGAACGCUCCCUCGUCGUGUUUUUAGUUCCGCUGUCUGUGGUGCUGAAACAAAGAAAAAGCGCUAACCAUGGUGCUGAAAGUCAAACAAGCGCUGUCCCU